AUGGCAAUGGCGAGUGAGAGCACCACUGUCGACACCACCGCCAGCACCAUGACGACGUCUUCCACGCCCGUCACGGUUCCCAAGUCUCUGCCCAGCAAUCAGGCAGCCCUGGCCGCCUCCUUCACCAACUUCCUGAGCGUCUCGAUCCAUCAGAUCCUGUUCCUACGUUCAGUCUAUCCCCGAGCCACCUUCCUACCUGUGCGAGCCUACAAUUAUCCUGUCCGCCAGUCCCGUCAUCCCAAGGUCUGUGACUAUAUCAACGAUGCCGCUAUUGCAGUCGAUACCGAGAUUCUGAAAGGCACCAUCACCGCCGUCACCGUCAUCAUCUCGUCCCUGCGCACAAAUCAACCCCUGGAACGAUACGCCUUCGAUCUCUCGGGCUUUCCCCGAGUACCGUCCGGAGAGACCAACACCUCCUUCGAAGAGAGGAAAGAGGAUGCAGCCAAGGCCGCCGCGAGGCCUCCCUCGCAGUCGGUGGACCUAGAAGCUCAAUUCCGCGCCUGUCUGGCUCGACUCGCGUCUGCGUGUGCGCGAUUAACUCCCCUGCCGCGGGACGACGAGUUCACGUUUACUGUUUGUAUUGAAGUACGAGAGGAUGCGUUGCCGCCGGCGGGUACCACCAAGGAAGAGCAGACAUGGGUCGUCGCGGAACCGGGGAAGAUUCAUCUACGAUCCUGUACUGCCCCGUACUCGGUCUCCAAGCUGGGGAAUAACGAACCGCAGCAACCAGCGCCCAAGAUUUCGAAUGGGAGGGCCAAAACUGUGCCUGUGAGACGGAUCGAGGCCGGAGAACUCCGUCUGGAGCUGUGGGUGGAAGAAGCACGGCAGAAAUUCGAAGAGCCCGUGGAUUCCGAACACCCGCCAUGA